AUGGUGCUGACUACGUUGAUCCAUACCAAGCAAGGUCAACUAACAUACCUUCAGGAAAGACUACUCGAUACUCUUACUAUCGUCAAGAUGUACGACCACGACGAUCCGAACAACCCCUCCCAUCAGCCGGCUCUGGAUAGCCCAUCGGCAGACAGACCGCCCCAGUUCAAUUGGAGAAAUUGUGGCUACGACUGCGGAGAAGGUUGCGAGAAGGCCAGCGACGACGAAGGCGGUGGCGGAGUGAGCGACGAUGAGACAGCCGUUGACGCGGACGAGGAGCAAUACUUAAUGCCCGUGCCGCAAGAGGAAGAUAUGAGAAUGUUCGAAGACGCAAACAAUGCCACGGCACACUCUUCAGACCUAGACCCCACGGAUCUGGUCCAAGACUGUGCCGCCAUGUCCGACAGCAUGGUCGUCGAACCGUGUGCCACAAUCGACCACAGUCCAGUAGCAUCUGCCGGCGGCAGCGCUCGAAGCCGAUCACCCGACCCGGGUGUUCUUUAUUGGGUUGCCCACAGCAUGCCGGUUGCCACGCCGUUGCCUAUUGAGUACUUUUUUCUGCAGUCGCCGCUGCGUCUCAGCCCCCAGUACGAGCAUUGCCGCGGAGACCCAGCGAGUCACCUUGUCGUGCCGGAUCGCUCGCCCCUCUGGUAUUUGGUGGAACAGUCUUGGAGCGGGUAUGCGCCGGCUUAUGGAUACAUCUCGCCGCCAUAG